GGCGCCGCGAUCCACGUGGUUCACGUGUUGUGCGCUCUUCGCGAUCUUUCUACCGACGGGUCUAUUUGUAAACACGCGCGACAUAAGAUGGACGUAUACGAGCAGUGCAGAAAAGAUUGGGAGGAUUUCAAUGUGUCGCGAGAGGAAUUGAAAAACAUAACCGACUGUCUGAAGAAGGAGGAGUUUCGCAAGCUGUUAAUCGAGUACGCGGAGGACGUGGCCGACCCGGAUAACAGGAAACUCUACGAGAAAGAGAUCACCCAGCUCGAGAAGGAGCGGGGCGUAGACGUGACGUUCGUUAACCCCGAGCCCGGUUACGUCAUUAAGACCAGCGUGAACGGCGACAGGAAGUGCUUUUUGAACAUCAGUAAGAACGACGUUGUCGCGCGUCCCACCAGUCAGCCUUCCUACGAACAGGGCCACCGUGGCCUACAGUGGUCUAUUCCGUAUACAUUGAUACCACCCCGCUAUGACCUUGACAAGAAGAAUGUGCGGUGUGUGGUGUAUGACGUGGUCUUCCAUCCGGACACCAUCUACUUGGCAUCCAAGAACGCGCGGUUCCGCGAGAUCGUCAAUAACACGGCUAUGGAUGGCGUGGAAAAUAAUUUUAAGGUGAAAUUGGACAGAAAGAAUCUGAAAUUUCCUAAGAUUAACUUCAAAGGGAUGACUCAUCCUACAGUGAUCAGAAAACCUUCGGAAACACCACCGACAGAACCACUGGAUUUAGAACCAGAAAUCUACCAGAAGAUAAUGUCGAAUUACGACGAAUGUCGCGAAAGCCAAUUAAAGCAGACGGAAGAAAAGCUCCCGAAACGUGCCCCGCCAACCACCAUUUAUUGCAAGGAUAAGCAACAGAAGCCUGCAGAUGAAAAAUAUGUUACGCCUAAAUUUUCUAUGAAACAUCAAUCCGAUGUAGAAAUGGAAGAUUUUGUUUUAAGCCGAGACGCAAAGAUGUUUGCCGCAAUCCCUAAAAAAUUGGUGAUUAUCAUAAAUUUACCCUUGUUGAAAAGUGCUAACGACGCAAUGCUCGAUGUACAUGAACAAUCUCUUACCUUGAAAAGCGAAAAGCCUGCAAAAUAUUUGCUGGAUCUUCCAUUACCAUAUUCCGUAGACGGAGAUAGUGGGAAUGCUAAAUUUGAUCCAAAGUACAAAAGAUUAAUUGUAACUUUACCAGUCAUUCGGCCAUUGGUACCAGUAGGUGAUACUGAUAGAGCGGAUAGUGAAGUUGACAGUGAUCAAAAUAGUGCUGCAAUAUUUAUGUCCAAGGAUGAUGAAAAAAAUCUAUCUAGUAACAAAAUAGAAUUAGUGAAAGAGUGCGAAAACACGUGCAAAAAUAUAGAAUUUGAUAAAGAAAGUGAAGUAACAGAUGAGUGUGAAGAUACUGCCUUACGGACUAGUAAUGAGACAGAAAUCACUGAUGUGUUUAUGAAUCCUAGUUUUAAAUACAAUUUGCCUGCUUAUACUUGUAAUAUUUACAAUAAUCAAUUAGCCAUUAUUAUAAAUGUAAAAAACGUAAAUCCGGAUGCAAUUCACUACAAAAUUUUAGAUAACAAUGUAGGAAUACAUAUCUUGCUAACAUCUAUAGGUGCUGGAUUUUUUCCACAACAUUAUUCAUUGUGUCUUAAGAUAGGAAAUGGCUACAUUGAACCAGAAACUCUUACAAUUGAACCAUGGGACAAUAACGUUGUUUUUAACAUCACAGUGAAGGAUAUUGAGAAUGUAACACAAUAUUUUGUUGGAGUGGAUACAGAAUUCAUGGAAGGAAAAGAUCUUCCUACAACAGCGUCAUUUACGAGCAAAUUUAAAGAAUUAAUGUUCUCUCCAAAAGCUGAGCCUCAGGUAGAAAGACAAAUCUCCGUACAGCCGCAAGAUGAUGGUAUUGUCAUAAAUAUUCGUCCAAAUCAGCAGGAUUCUGACGACGAAGAGGAGCAUGAGGAAAAUGCAAGAGUUGUGAAACGGCGACAAGAGAAGAAGUACAUUGAGAAAGUCAGAUCAGUUUCAGAAAGUAGUGGAGAUGAAUUAGCUAGCAAUAGCAGCAAUAGCAGUGUGAGACAUUCAAAAGGAAUAUUAAAGUCACGUCGCGCCCGCGAUUUUUCACGUUCCAUGUCCGAAUCGAGUGCCGACGAAAACAGUCUACCUGCAUCAUGCACAGAUCAUUAUGAUGAUCAUUACGAUUCCGUACAUGAUAUCAAUUCUGAAUCAGAUUGUUCCAGUUUGAAAAAGACUGUACGAUUUAAUGAUGUUGUUUCACGACAGUUAUUUAGAUCUAAUUCGAGUAUUCUUGGACAGCGAAAGAAAAAUCAACGUAAACUGCGCAAUAAGAAACGCGCGCAUGAUCGCCGACUAAGCGAAAGUGAGAAUUCUGAAACCGAAGAGCGUGACAAAUAUAAAGUAGAUUAUAAGCGGACUCCGAAUGAGGAAACUUCCGAGAACGUAAAACCCAUACUCGCACGAGAUAAACGAGACUCACAGCAACAAAGAACCGCCAAUAUUGAAAUCGUGAAAUCGAAUGCUGACGACAAACAUUCUUUACAUAAGCGUAAUUCUAGCUUCGAGGAAAAACCCACCGAAGAUGUUCAAACCGAUAUCUCCAUUAAAAUCACGAAAGAUGCAAUUCACUUGGAAUUUAAGAACGAUCUGAUAUUUGAUCUCGAUAUGUAGAGACGUGAACUACAAGGUAAUUAUGCAUAAUGUGAUAGAUGUGAUAGAGAAUGUUAUCCGAUUCUUUUUAGCAACUCUGUAACCUGGUAAUCGGUAAAACUCAAUACUGAUAAUGGAAAUUUACGUAUAUAACAUUACAAACUAUUUUAGGAUUUGUAGUAUCAAAGAUACUAUUAAAAAUAGUGUCAAAGAUACUGUUUAAGUGGGAAUAAUUUUUUUAGUGCGUUAUUAGCAUAGAAGUAGUAACCAGAGAAACACUAUGGCGAAUCAAAAUCAUUAAUCCAUUUAAAUACUUGACUCACAUUAGUGAUAACCGAAGCUUAAAAUUAGCUUCUAAUAUCCUGAAUCUAUAAAGAGAAAUAGAACUUUACUGGGAAAAUUACUCAAAAAAAGAUCGUAUUAAAAUAUUUAGAUAACGGAGCAACGCUAUACAGUUAGAUACUUUUUUUGGAAUCUUAUAGAGAGAAAACUGAUCACGUCAUUGAAUGGAUUUAAUGAAUUGGCCAAGAAAAAGUACGAUCCUUUUUCAUGCACGUUAAAUAUUACUGCCGCAUAAUAUAUUUAAUUUUUACUCGUAGAUAAUGCUUGAUUAAAUCAAGAGUUAUCAAAUGAUAAAUCGUGGAUACUUUGAUAGAAGUACAUAUAAUUUUAAUGAACAUCGUAUUACAUGCAUUUAUGCAAAAGUAUGUUUAGACCUUGUAAUAUACAUAUACGAUGCUUAUGCCAACAGUUUGCACAUAUAUACAGAUCGCAUUGCAAUGAGCGCUUGUCAAAAAAAUCAUGUGUAUGGAGAUAAAAAUUAAUAUAAUUUUGUUU